GCCACGCGCGCCUUUCCGUCUCGGCGGCCUAAGGUGCUGUGUCCUUCUCCCGAAGCUAAGGCCGCUCCGUCGGCGACCGGCACCGCGCCCGCCAUGGCCUCCGUCUCCGAGCUCGCCUGCAUCUACUCCGCCCUCAUCCUGCACGACGACGAGGUCACCGUGACGGAAGACAAGAUCAACGCGCUCAUCAAGGCAGCUGGGGUGAAUGUGGAGCCGUUCUGGCCAGGUCUCUUUGCCAAGGCUCUGGCUAACAUCGACAUUGGGAGCCUCAUAUGUAAUGUAGGAGUGGGUGGUGGAGGGGCUCCAGCUGCAGCUGCUCCAGCUGGUGGCGCCGCACCUGCAGGCGGGGCUGCCCCUGCUGAAGAGAAGAAAGAAGAGGAAAAGAAAGAGGAAUCUGAGGAAUCCGAUGAUGACAUGGGUUUUGGUCUCUUUGACUAAUAAGUUUUAUACCCAUCUGCAAUAAAGAACAUGUAAACGUG